UUCAAAUUUAGAAAAAGAAGUUGUGCACAAAAAAUUUCUCAAAAACGUCAUUCCCUUUCUACCCUUUACCAUUUUCCUCCGCAACUACUUCACCACACAUUUUUCUACCUUUCACCCUUCACCGGCCGGCGACCCCAAAAAAUGGACGGCGGCAGCAUAUUAGAAACGAUCGGAACUGAAAUCAUCGGAGUAAUGUCACCGGUCUCCAUUUGCAUGUUCCUCGUAGUUCUCAUCGUCUACUCUCUUUCCUCAAUUUCCUCUUCCGAUCAACAAGUCCUCCGUACAGCUGCUAACCUAGUAUACCUCGAAUCACCCACCGACACCACUUCUACUAAACUCGAAGGCGCUCUCCUUAAUGCACUCGUCUUCGUACUCCUCAUAACUCUCGUUACAUUUCUCCUCGUAAUCCUCUAUUACUACCGUUUCACUAAUUUCCUCAAAUAUUACAUCCGUUUUUCGGCGUUCUUCGUUUUGGGUUCAAUGGGUGGGUCAAUUUGUCUUUCACUAAUUCAACAUUUCAAUAUCCCGAUUGAUUCGUUUACUUUUGUACUACUGCUUUUUAAUUUCACCAUUGUUGGGGUUAUUUCGGUCUUUUCACAAGGGGUUCCGAUUUUGCUUAAUCAAAUGUAUAUGGUGGCUUUAGGGAUUAUUGUUGCAGCUUGGUUUACUAAAUUACCUGAAUGGACUACUUGGGUUGUGCUUGUUGCACUUGCUUUAUAUGAUUUGGCUGCGGUUUUAGCCCCCGGGGGGCCGUUGAAGAUAUUGGUGGAGUUAGCUUCUAGUAGGGAUGAAGAGUUGCCGGCUUUGGUGUAUGAAGCCCGGCCCAAUGUGGGUUCAAGAUCAGGGAAUAGAGGGCCUAACUUAGGGCUUUUGUUAGCUGGGUUUUCAGAUGGGGAUUCAAUUGAGCUUGGGGUUAUGUCUAGUGGCGAAAAUGUGGCUCAGAAUGGGAGCGAAAAUGGGGAGAUUGGUGGUGUUAGAGAGGUUGAAAUUGAGGGGGAGACGUCACCAUUGAUAAGCGAUGGGCACGUGGCGAAUCAAGAGAUAAGGGAAAGUAGUAAUGAGAGUAAUCGGGGUCGGGUUAUGGGGAGGGAGAGAGAGAGGGAAAUGGAGGAAGAGGAGGAGAGAGGGAGGGGGAUAAAGCUUGGUUUAGGAGACUUUGUUUUCUAUAGUGUGUUGGUGGGUAGAGCUGCAAUGUAUGAUUUGAUGACUGUUUAUGCUUGUUAUCUUGCUAUUAUAAGUGGGUUAGGUUGCACACUUAUACUGUUAGCUGUGUGUAGGCACGCGUUGCCAGCGCUCCCUAUAUCCAUUGCCUUGGGGGUUAUCUUUUACUUCUUGACGAGGUUGUUGAUGGAACCAUUUGUUGUUGGGACUUCGACGAAUCUUUUGAUGUUUUGACCCCUGAUUUACGGAGGAGAUUAGAAAAAUACAGGAUAUGUUAUGAGACAUACAUUUUGAUUUACAAGAAAGCUAAUUGCUUAGGGUACCCAUGCCCUUGUUUCAAGAUUCUGAAUAGGAAGGGACAACUCCAGCUAUAUUUUGUUCUGAUCUAUCUGUAAAUUGCAAGGAUAUUGAGGUUGUCCCUCUAUUGAUUCUAACCGAUUCUGUUUCACGUUUCACCUAUGAUGUUAAGAAUAUUAUAUUCAUCUCAUUUGGCCAUGAGCCAAAAGGGGUAUUCCGUAUUCCAUACACUUGACGUGUAGCAUACUUUAUGAUUCGACAAACUUAUGUAACUAGCUAUGUAUCGACUAUUGCUGUAAGUAGUUCUAUUGCUUA